CACCGAGGCGCUACGAGAGAGGGUCACGUGGGUUCCCCGCGCGUCUUUCCGUCCGGCUGCGUGCGGAGCCCCGCGCGGGAGGGCAAAAGCCCCGGUGGUGCCCGACCAUGCUGGUCAGCGAGAGGGUGAAGAACCUCUUGAAGCUGGUGCCCGGGCAGCGGCGCUUCGGCUUUUACAGGUUCCUGCCCUUCUUCUUYGUGCUCGGCGGAGCCAUGGAGUGGUUUAUGAUCAACGUCCGCUUCGGCAAAGAGACCUUCUAUGAUGUUUACCGUAGGAAACAAUCUGAGAGACAGUAUGAGGCAAGGAUGGAGAAAGGGGAGUUUUAGCUGAAACAUUUCACGGGGGAGCUCCUGAGUGCUACAACUGUACAAGUGCCAAAGCAGCAGCACUGCCCCGUUGAUGGUGGGGGAAGAUGUUUGUUCUGCAAGUUGAACUGUGAUCCACACCUUUGUGUAAUACACUCAGAUGGUGUGGGCUGUUUUGUUCUUCCAKAUCUGUAAUACUUUGUAUUUAAAUAAAGUGAAAAAUUUCAUUGUG